AUGGGUCGGCCCAAACUCUAUAACACUCCAGAAGAACGUCAAGAGGCCAAACAGAUGCACCAAUGGACACACUAUGCAAGGAACAAAGCUGCAAUCAGCGCAAGACUCAAAGUGAAGUAUCGGGAAAACCAAGCACAAGCUGCCCCAGUCUUCCCCUCAAAAAAAGUUAAUGGUAACAAAAGGGAUUGCUUGUCAAGGUACUUAGAUGGACCACCUGCACAGGUGAUAGAUGCUCUAGUACACAACCACCUCGAGACUGGUGACUUAGAUGGGCUUCGAGGGACACUAUCUGCAUUAGAGGUGAUUGUUGAGGAGUUGCACGAUACGGAACAGCAUAUAUUAGGAUGCGAGGGCAUGAGCCCCAAAUUUCUUAAGGCAUCUGAUGCAUCCAAGGAGGCAAAGGAAGUGAUUCGUGCUGUGGAAGAUGUUUUUUGUUGCGCAUUGGUGUUGGGGAUGGAUCUUCACCAGCGAUACACAGACAAAAAAUUUAUAUUCCAGAAGCUCUGGGACACUAAGCUAAACUUCUUUGAGGGUUUGCUAAUUAAUUUCCCCCCUCACACACAUAUAAGCGCCAUAAUGAUUAUGGCGCCCCGGAAAUGGACUUCUCCUAAACAGGAAGAAUGUCUUGGUACGACAAAAGCAGGACAGCAAGCAAAGGCUGAUGCUACAGAUGUCUUCAAAGCCGUAUUGUGGAGUGUUGCCGAAUCCGAGAAGCCAACAUGUUCCCUUCAGGAAGCGGAGGCAUAUUCCAAGCUCUAUUACCAUAUGUGUAUUAAGGCAACGGCUGACGAAGUACUGAAAGCUGAAGCAGAAUUACUGCAAGCAGAAAAUAAGACACUUACAAAUGGAAAGUAUAUCGCCAUUGUGAAGCAGCACACAGCAAGCCUCUAUAGCGGAGAGACUGAUGAGGUUAAGGUGGAGGUACAGAGAUACAUCGAGAAUCAGAAGACUCGGACGCAGAAGGACGAUGAGGCGGGAACGUGGAGCGAAGGCAAUUAUGCAAGAAAUAUAGAAAAACUUGCCGCUAUCACUAACAAGUUCCUCAAGGGGCUAGCAGAAGCCACUGGGUUCACAUUCUCCCUCCUGGCGGGUGGCCCUUCUCCAGAGUCCAGCAGUGCAAUUGACGUCUAUAGGCAUGUGCAUUAUUUCCACAUGGGUCACACCAAGCUCGGAAACAACUUCAGCAAGGCAUACCCUGAGUUUGAAACAGGUAUCAUGUCUCCAUUCAGAGACCAUCUGUAUCAAGUAUAUUCUGAUAUGGUGGAUUCAAGGGCACACCUAGGGAGUCCUGCGUCAUUGAAUGAGGGUCCCACAUCGUCGAACAAGCUUGAUGGUCCUGCAUUGUUGAACGAGUUUGAGAGUCCCAUGUUGUCAUUGAAUGAGAUUGAGAUAGGAAGGGGUCUGGAGGAUGUGUCCCAAUGA